CCGGUUUUAACGCGGCACGGUGCCUCUCUGUAAACCUUCCGUCGCAAGAUGGCAGAGUAUGUGAACGUUGCUCGAAGGGCUUUAGGACAAAUACGAGGUCACGGUGGAUUACGAGGUCUUCUUGUUCAGUUUUUCAGGGUGAACGAUGUGAAGACAGGAAACCUUAUUGGCGUGGAUAAAUAUGGAAACAAAUACUUUGAAGACAAAAAGCACUACUUCUUCGGGCGUCACCGCUGGGUGAUCUACACCACAGAGAUGAACGGAAAGAACACCAUGUGGGAGGUGGACGGCAGCAUGGUUCCAGCUGAAUGGCAUCGCUGGCUGCACUGUAUGACAGACGACCCCCCCACCACGCAUCCACCAGAGCCCAAGAAGUUCCUGGCUGAGGUCCACCAGUUCAACGUGAGCGGCAGCUCGGACCAGUACGUGCCCUAUUCCACCACCAGCAAGAAGAUCCACGAGUGGGUUCCCCCCAAAGCCGGAGCUCAGUGAACUCUGACCUGAAUAUUUGUAAAUUAUGGUGUCCUGCCACUGCUUCCAAUGUGUCCUGAAUAAAAGCUCUAUACAAACA